AUUUUCCGAGGAGGGGGCAAGCAGGUGUUGUAGAAGUUAACACUGGCCGGGAAGAGUGAGGCUGGCGGUCCACCGGUACCGGCUGAUCCCGCGUAAGUGAUCCACAACAAGUCUCCGUGCUAUGGAAGCAUAUAUAGGGUUGUACCAGCCGACAGUAUCGUAGUGCCUCUCCUCCUCUUCCCUAUCCCUUCCAUCACCAUCACCCUGUGUUGGCCCAGUAGCAGUCGAGUGUGGCAGGCCCAGGAAAGAUGGGCCGGAGGCUGGACUUGUCUGGCUUGACGGACGACGAGGCCGAACACGUCCUAAAAGUUGUCCAACGGGACAUGAAGCUAAGGAAGAAGGAGGAGGUUCGGCUCAGUGAGAUGAAGCAAGAGCUGGCGGAAGAAGGCAGCAGAUGCUCCAUCCUCUCCAAGCAGCACCGUUUCAACGAGCACUGCUGCAUCCGAUGCUGCGCGCCCUUCACUUUCCUGCUCAACCCCAAGCGCGAGUGCUUGGAUUGCCAGUACAACGUGUGCAAGGCUUGCUGUAUCUACAACAAGAAGGACAAAGCCUGGCUGUGCUCCGCGUGUCAGAAGGGCAGGAUAUUAAGGACGCAAUCCCUGGAAUGGUAUUACACCAAUGUGAAGAGACGCUUCAAAAGGUUCGGCAGCGCUAAGGUUUUGAAGACUUUAUAUCGGAAGCACAUUAUAGAGAGAGGAGCCCUAUCUGAUCUCCCAGAAAGCAGCAUCCAUGAGGGAAGUUUCGGAAAUGACAACGAUGGCAGUAUAUGUGGCAGUGACUCGGUCUUCUACAAACAGAGUGAAGGACACAGUAUGGCUGAGACACUCACAGUCGCCUUGCGCGUUGCUGAGGAAGCCAUAGAGGAAGCCAUUGCCAAGGCAGAGGAGUUCAGCGACAGUUUGGAGAAGCAGAAUGAGGCUCGAUAUCUGCGGGACCACAAAGAAGAACUCAUAGAGGAACUUGCCACAACCAUUGUACAAAAGAUCAUCCAGAGGCGGAAGCGCUCAGAGAUGCAGACAGAAUAUGACUUUGUCUGGCCUCAGUCUCAGUCCUUGAUUCAGACCAGUGAUCAAGCCUCACCUUCGCAACCUCAAACAUCUUCGCAAGGAUCUUCUGACCCCCUCAAGACGUCCUCUGCCCUCUCGCGCUCACGCUCAGCCUUCUCCCUCACCAGUGACGACUCGCCCGAAAAACCCCCACAGGACGAGGCGGGUGGCAGCCUUCAAGAGUACUCCUCUCUGAAGAGGGACGCCAAGGCCACGUCACUGCCCACCUGGAAGAGUGUCGACCGUCUGGACAACACCAGUGCAUCCUCAGUCCUCCAAAGCCCGGACGGUAACUGGAUCGCUCUCCACAGCUCUCAGCUGUCUCGUCCCAGCCUCCUCACCAAGAGGAAAAGCCUCGUGUUCAGCGUCUUGGAGAAGGAGUCCGGCGUCGUCUCGGCCUACGACGAGAUGGGUUCCGACUCUGAAGAGGACGAUCAAGGCAGCUGGGGCGCAGCGUUGCAACAGUUCCGCCGCAAGCUGUCCGAUGAGACCUAUUACACUGACUCGCAGCAUGACCCCGAGUGGACAUAUACGCAGCACCUGCCCGUGACCUCCCCUUCUUCGGGCCAGUACACGAACACAGAAACCCUCAAUUCGGACUCGGAGGCAUCAUCGGCACGAUCGUGUCCUCGGAAACCACCUCAAAACCUGCUGAGGAAGAAAGGACCAUCGGAUACUCACCUUCACCCGUACCACCAACCAAUGUUUCACCAACACCUUCACCAAAACCUCUCUCCAUAUCCACUUGUCUCAGGGGCAUUGGAUGUGAAUUUUAACCCCAAGGUGACUGGGGACAGCAGCGAGGCUGAAGAAAGGCAAAACGACCCAAUUAGAAGGUCACGGAGGCGCCGCAAAAGCAAGAGGGAUUCAUCAAACGAGAGCAGGUCUGGGAGCCAGAACUACUCACAGUCCAUUCAGGAGAGCAGUGGUUUUCUUCUCACUGACUUACUGAAGAGGAGCUUAAGUGAGGAUCAGCCUGUUUCUGACGCAGUGCCCAUGAGCACAGCAGCACCAGAUGCCUUCACAUCAGAUGUCAUCACACCGGAGUCGCAAGACUUGGAUAAAGUGGCACCGAAUUCAGUGGACCCACGCAGCCCUGUUUCACCCCAACCUACGGCUCCGGCGCCCCAUCACAACACGGAACCCGUUGGCACAGCGGACUUUCUGAAGGAAGAACUGCAGUCGAGGAUCAGUAAACUGGUCAGGAGCCGCACCAACAGCAGAGAGAGCAGUUCUUCUGUGGAGGAGUGGCCCUCUCACAAACAGACGGAGGGAGAAAGCGUCAGACCAAUUUCAAAAGACACGGAACGAAAGAAGCCUAAGUCGAGUGUGAGAUUAAGAGAGAACGCGAGUGAACCAGACGGUCAAGUGAAUGGCCAAGAGACGUCGAGUAGUGAGAGGUUGAUAAAAAGCCCGCCUCCGAGCGCGGAAGGCCGAGCGAAGGAGCGCAGGUCAGAGAAGCGAGUGGGGAGUUCAGAGGAAACGGCAGUUGAAAAAGAGCAAAAGCGAGGAGAGAGAAAGAAAAACAAGAGACAACACAGACGAGAUUUGGAGAAGGAGAUGUCAGAAUGGAAAAGCUGCUCCAGUGCAGCCAGCUCGCCUGCUGUUACGCCAUCUUCCCAGGAGGGGGUGCUGUCUGACAACCAGAAGUUCUCAGCGGCCUCACUUUGCAGCAUCACCACAGAGGUAUUGAAAGUUUUGAACGCCACCGAGGAGCUGAUCAGCGAGGCAGGAGGGGACGGCUGCACUCCUUCAGAGUCGCAGAGCGCGUCAACCAUCUCAAACAGCUCGGAGACACGUAAACUGGACCAGAGACUCACCAAAAUGGAGGAGAAUGUUUACCUAGCUGCUGGUGCUGUAUAUGGCCUCGAGGGGGCGCUGGGCGACCUGGAGCAGUGCGCCCGGAAUAUCAGUAGUGGGACCACGGACACAGAGUUGGCUUUCCUGGAGGACCAGGUGGCUACUGCUGCUGCUCAGGUCCAGCAAUCUGAGAUGCAGAUAUCCAACAUUGAGGCCAGGAUAUCGGCUCUUAAAACUGCAGGGUUAAAUGUGACUGUCUGCAAUCAUUUCUCCAAGUUCAAGCCAACAGCAAAGAUCAGAUGGAGUGAACGUCUUUUGGCCGUAGUGUCUAUCACGAAGAGCAGCACAAGUCUCUCAGGGCCACACACCAGAACCCUGUGGACAAGGGCACUCCUGCCCCUCCCUCACCACCCACUCAUCCAGUGCCUUGACCCAGCUCCACACCAAACAGGAGCCUCCACCUGCCCUGUUGCGGCCCACAAAGCACUCAGCCCUUUCACGCCAAUCGUAGGAUGUAUACAGCAAAGAUGAGUGGACAGUCUGUGUCUCUGCCUUAAAACUUCUCCAAAACAACCUGUGUACAUACAGUAUACACAACAUUCAUUCAUACCAUGAUUAGGAUGUACAAUGAAGACAUUUAUCUCCACUACAGGCUAUAAUGUGUUCCAACUGUUAUGACCCUUUUGAGAGUUUGUAAAUGAUAGUCCAAUUGCACAUGCACAGCUACCAGAUGGUAAUUCCCAUUUAAAGGAAUGAUUGUCAUGUGUUCAUUUCAGACUGCUGGGAAGAAGGAACGAAGUUGGAGUGAAGCCACCUUUUUACAUAGUUUUUUUAGAAUCCAUAUAAGAGGAAAAAGUCUACCAAAACCAUAACUACAACCCCUGGCAAAAAGUAUGGAAUCACCAGUCUCGGACGAGCACUCAUUCAGACAUUUUAUCAUUUAGAACAA